ACCUCCUCGACCCGGCCGGUCGGCCGGUGGUUGGUUAAAAGCGGAGCGCAAUGAGCGUAAUUGACUCACAUCGUGUGGGUUACUCUGCCGCUCGGAAGUUCGCGAACCGAAUCAAGUGCUUUUUCCCGGGCACAACGUCUGUAGCCCAGCCAGUGUAGUUCGCUCGAUCGAUGACCGUCACAGGUGCUUCCGGUUCCGCCGUUAUGUUGCCACACGUGGCGCUGGCUUUCGUGGUGAUCGCGUUCGGUCACCAUGUCGCCGCUUACAGUACGUUCAACAUCAACCAGUACCCGCAGGCGCAGGUGAAUGCCUGGAACCAGGCGUGCCGUAGCUUCCAGGCGCAAGCAUUCGCUACGCAGGCGCAGCAGAAUCAGUUCUUCUCGAACAUGUUCCCGGCGGUACAGCUGCCGCCGCUACCGUUCGCCGAUUUGUGCUCCCAGACCGGAUAUGGGUUCGGUGGAUCUGGGGUCGCUGCCGGGGCUGGAGCCGGUGGAGGAAGCUCCUUCAACAAUCGCUUCGGCGGUAACGAUGGUGGCUAUGGCGGCGGACAGGGUGUUAGUAUCAGCACUAGUACCAAUGGUUUGGGCCAAGGCGGUACCGUGGUGUCCCACUACGGCAAUGGAGGGUCCACUUCCAACUACAUCCCUCACGGACAGCCAGGAAACUAUGGAGGUGGUGGAGCAGGCGUUGGUUUCGGCAACCGAUUCGGCGGAACGGGCCAAGGAGUCAGUGUUUCCAGCUUUGGCACUGGCAACGGAGGUGGGUUCGCUUCGGCCAACAGAUUCGGAGGAUCUUCCGAUGGACACGGCGGUUCCACGUACUAUGCAUCGACCGGUAAUGGCGGAGGCACCGUCAGCUCGUUCAGUCCCAACGGAGGAAGCUUUGCUUCGGCCUCCCGGUUCGGUGGAGGAAGUGGUGGCUUUGGUGGUGGCUAUGGCGGUGGGUACGGCGGUGCAGGCAACGGUGUAUCUGUCGGAUCCAGUGUGUCCUCUACCAGCAACGGUGGUCACGGGGGAUCGGUUCAGACCAGCGUCUACAAGCACCACUACUGAAACCUUCACACGCCAUUAAGGAAGGUCCCUUCUUAGGAGUUAUUGCCGAUUUAUUUUAUCUCACAUUCAAGUACUGCGCCGACGGGUGAUUGGAGCGCCGAAAACAGAAACAAUAAAGAGUUUAUCUUGAUUGUAGACAUUUUCAA